GGUCUUUGUAUUAUAUUAUGACCGGUUGAUUGAAUAGUUAUUUGAUUUGCAAACUUCAGGAUGAGCAAAGAAUACACUUCAGAAUUCAUUGUAUAAUUCCAUUAGCAAAAAAUAAUAGGCAGCCUUUAAAUAUCGCCAUAGUUGGAUAUAAGGAGUCAGUCAUUUGGUCACGUUCCACAUCACAUCAAGCACAGGCAUUGUCCGUUGUAUCAAACCGCGCUGCUUAUACUCGUAACGAGGUCCUUUAUCCAUGAGCAUGGAAAGUAACUUACAAGGGCAUCCUCAUCGUACAUUUUUUCAGUCGCCUUUCUAUACCAUGGUCUCGCCCCGAGUUCAGAACAUCUCAAGUGCUAGCAGUUUGCCAUAUGCCGCGGCUGAUUCUUGCUGUUCAGUUCCUAGUUAUUUACCGUAUCACUCCUUCGCCAAUCGACCCUACGACGUUCCAUGCGUAUAUCACCCAGCUUCAUUUGUCGAUCCCCAACUUCAACUUGCGGCUUUUCAAGGGCAAAGGUUCUUGGAUCAUUUGAGGCCACAUAAGCCACGAAGGAUGCGAGUGAGAACGAAUUUCAGUCCUUGGCAGCUAGAACAGCUUGAGAGAGCGUUCGAGACAACGCAUUAUCCUGACGUGUUUAUGCGCGAAGCUCUCGCCUUGAGAUUAGACCUAACAGAAGCCAGAGUUCAGGUAUGGUUUCAAAACCGACGAGCGAAAUGGAGGAAAAGAGAGAAAGCUAAAGAUGACCAAGAAGGCGAAAAGGUUUCUGUCGACAAAGAAGAAGGAGACGUGGAUUCGACGAGGAAAUCAAACGGUGAGGAUUGUGAAAACAGCGAUGCAGAAGUUAAAAUUGAAAAAGACAGCACGGAAGGCGAAAAAGAAACAAACAGCGACUUGGAGAAGUCAGAAGACAGCCUUUACCAAGGACAAGGGCGGAAACGUGUCAAAGAUGAAUACUUAGCUUUACAGUGUGGGCGGCAUCAGGGUUGCGAUAGCCAUGUUUACGAUCAAGAACACGGCUUCAGAGAUAUAGAGUAUUUCGAGAAGAUAAGAACUUCGAGCAUAGCCGCUCUGCGACGCAAGGCUAAAGAACAUGAAGUGCUGCUGACUUCACAAAAUCAUGAUCAUCAUUAAGUGUGGAAAAUUGGGCCCACUCGGUCAUGGAAGAAACACGUCGACAUGAACCUUAGCCAUGAAACAAGAUCGUGGCUAAUCGUGUCUUUGUUAAUGAGACGGAGUUGGCGUUUCUAAUGUAAACUAUUUCACCAGUGUAAAUAAUCUUGCCGAUGCGCAUUUUAAGUGUGACAUCUCUAGAGAAAAGCAUUCAGUUGUUAAUACAACCCCAAUGAGUUAGGUUGCCAAAUAUUGAUUAAUGAAGAUAUAUAAUGUUCCGCAGACGGACCAAAACUGCCACGUUCCUGCCAAAAACGCAACAGUACAAAAUGAUUCUUUGUUUAAUGACAGAGUGACUAAACAAAUAUUAUUUCAUCUCAAUGACCCAAUUUCUGGUGAUGGGCGGAUAAUGUCGGAAAAAGCAUAAAGAAUCCCACACCCACGACAUGAACAAGAGCGAACAUUGCCGACUCGGUUUUACGUCAGUGAUACGUUGGUUGAAAAAAGCUGAGUUUCUAUGCCGAACCCUCUAGGCCGAACCCUCUAUGCCGAACCCUCUAGGCCAGGCAAAGUACUAAAGUGUUUUGAAAAGAGGACGUAAUAAAAACGGUUUGUCUCGUGUAAAAAAAUGACCUAAAAGAACAUUAAAAUAGUUAGCAUUGCUGGAAGUUUGUUAUCGUUAUCGCCAUAUCGGAUAUCUACUGACUGGACAUUACAUACUUGUAACUAUCUUAAAAAGAUAUCCUUUUUGUUCUAAGUAUUCGAAUAUCGUAAACACAAGAUGUUUAUCUGGACUAGAUUUCAAAGAGGAAAAGAAAGUUGUACGAGUUUAAAACUCUGUUAUAAUUUGGUCAUUUGGAACGAAUAUUGAAAUAAAACUAAAAUGUUA